AUGGACUUCACCAUAUGUGAUCCGCCAAAGAACACGAUAGUCUUCCUUCAAAGCACAAUCAUUGGGGAAGUUUCAAAGCUCUAUGACAGAUCGAUUUGGACCAUUCGCCAUUGCAUCCGGAAUAUCGAAAAGGGGCGCCCUGCAACCACGGCUAGAGACUCCGACUUUGCCCAACUCCAUAACCUUGCCCGGCACAUCAUUCAUACGUGCGAAGUUCUUGGCGUUGCCGUCGAUACUAUCACAGAGCUCAUCGAAGAAUCCAAGCUCGACGCCCGUGGUUCUUGCAAAUGCAUCAACCCGACUGCCGCCGCCCUCCAGAAAAGGUGCCCCCACAAGCGAAUUUCGUUCUGGCUCAAGAUACUACAAAAUUUUCGUGGCCGUGCAGAAUCCCUUAACGCGAGACUGUCUAAUGAAAUCAAUCUGGGCUUCAAUGUUGUCGUUCAGAGAGACAGCAAAGCAACCGUGGAAAUCAGCCAAGCCACACGAAGUGACAGUGCUUCAAUGAAGACCAUCGCUGUAGUCACUCUGGCCCUCCUACCAGCCACAUUUGUCUCCACUGUGUUCAGUAUGAGCUUUUUCACGCUUUCAGUGGAUGACAACACGGGCGAACAUGAAUGGUUGGUUUCAGAACGGUUCUGGAUAUAUUGGGUCAUUACAAUCCCACUGACUGCCAUUACUCUACUUUGUUGGAUGUAUGGACAGCACAUGGAAGAGAUCAGAUUCUUGUCCGCCUUGAAAUCUCGUAAAUCCAAGGCCUAG